AUGUCAAGUCAACUUGAAGACCAUACUGAUAUCAAAAUUACAACGUCUUCUAUGCAGAAGAACUGGCGGUUGUUGAAACAGAUUCAUGUUAACGAUAUCCUGGACUCGAUGAUUGAACAAUCCCUUAUCACAAUUGAUGCCAGUAGAGCUAUCCGGAGAAAAGAAACCGAGAGCCAACAAGCGGAAGAUUUGCUUUAUCUUGUUUUCAGCAAAUCACAGUCUUACUUGGAUGCUUUUAUUGCAAUUCUUGACCAAAAUGGAUACGACUAUAUCGUCCAGAAACUCCGGGAAGAUCAGAGUGCCGAACCUUGCAACUUAAUAGAUUCAUCCUGCGACGAUCGUCUGCCUAAAACAUCUGGACAACCUUUGCGCAGGAGUGACAGUGGACCAUUUUACGUCCAACGCCAGCUAAGUGAUGCCGUUCGAUCCGACAAAGAGAAAGUAUCUAAAAAACAAAUCAUUGAGGAAAUGAAAACUGAAUUGCAACAACAGCAAGUGGAAACCAUGCAAAAACAAUUCGAGUUGUUGAAACAGCAUCAGUCAGAGGUGGCAGCAAAGCAAACGCUGGAAUUGAGAAUGCAUCAUGCAAACCUCAUACAAGCAGAGUUUGCUAAAUUGAGAGAAAGCGAGGAUCUGCAGAAAGAGAACCAAACAAGAAUAGAAAAACUGGAAUCUCAGCGUAAAGCCUUACAGAGCAAACUUGAUCAAGAACGUGCAAGGUUAAAGAAAGAAACGAAAAACACAAACGAAAAAAUUCAAGAACUACUAAGACAGAGAGACGAAUUAAAAACGGAAUUAAUUCGGGUCAAGAGAGAGUCUAAUGACGCCUUGAAAAAAGUGAAACAGGAGAAUUUAUAUCUUCGAAAUCAAAUAAAGCAGGACAAAAACAACCAAAAUCGUGAUAACAGCAACCAGAAGAUAAUAACAAACCCAUUUACAACGCCGCUGAACCCAAAAUUGGCACGGACACUGGAGGAAGUACGAAAUAGGAGAAGAUAA